GAUGUUUUUCACUGUACGAGGCGGGUCUUGAGGAUGAUGGACACGUCUGCUUUGAGCCCUGGCCAGAUUGUCGGUAUUGACUGUAGUGCAGAUUUUUGGAGGCUGAGAUAGUAGGACGUACGUUAUUUUUUGGAGGAGAGCAGAGUGAGAGGCCACGUUUGGAAAAGUUCCCCAUUAGCAUCGCUGGAAAUUACAACAGACACUCUUCUUCGCCAUCUCCACGCCCCACCCACCCACCCUGUUCUCUCUCGUUUUCUGCCCUUGUUUCCCUGAGCGCCAGUCUCGGGGGAAGCAGGCGCAAAGCUCUGAGGAAGAGAGGAAAGGAUGGAGGAGAGAAAAUGACAAUGACAGUUUUGUAGGGCAGGCGUUUUGCUAAGAGGUGGGGAAGGAAAAAGUGAAGGAAAGAAAGGCAAGCGGAAAGAUAUAGGCAAAAAGAAGGUGAAAACUAAGAAGUAAAGAGGGGAGACAGAAGGAAAGGAGUUACAGGGGAAAAGAGAGCAACACAAGCAACAAUAGAGGAGAGAAAGAGGAGGGGUGUGGAGGACACAAUGCGAGCCGCCGAUUGGAGGGGAUUGAAAAGGGGCCUGGAAGGGAUUGAGAGGAGAGAGAUGAGUGCAGAGAUUUAGUGGAAAAAGAGAAAAGAGGCACCCUGGGAUGGAGAGUAGAAGAGAAAGAUGGAGAGAAAGAGAAGGAGAGCGAGGAGAGGGUUGACGUGUCACCAUGACAACAGAGGCCGGCUCUGAGACAGAGGUGAAGGAGAAAGCAGAGGAGUCGCCUGCACAGACUGACCAAUCAGGGAAGGACACAGAAGAAACCCAGGAAGUAGUGAGUGCUGAGGGACAAGUGAAAGAGAAAGAGAAAGAAGGGAAAGAGGGAAAAGGAAUAUCUCGCUAUCUGCCAACAUGGCUUAAGAAGCAGAAGUCUCAGAGCCAGACCUCCCCAACCAAAGAGGUCCCACCUGCAGAGGAAGCUGUCGACAAGGUGACACAGGAAGAGGAGGGGCCUACCCCAGAAGUGAACGGUCACGCAGAGGAAGUGGAAGAAAAGGAGGCAGUGAAGUCGGAGCAAGUGAAGGAAAAAGAAGCAGAAUCUCAUUCCAGCGCCAGUGCAGAGACUGAGCCUGCCAAGGAAGAGAAGAUUGAAGAGAGUGCUGAAAGAAGUCCUGAAAAAUCCAAGGUGACAAAAGAGGGGGAAGGAGCAGAGAAGAAGAAGGAGCAGGAAAGAGAGGUGGAAGGUGAACAGGAAGGAGGAGGAGGAGGAGAAGGUCAGACCACCAUUUUCCAGUCACCUCUUCGCUUGGUGAGGAAGGCUAAGAUGAAGCUGGUGGUUUGUCAGGUGACCCUCCUGGAUGGGACUGACUUCACUUGUGAGGUGGAGAAACGUGCCAAGGGUCAGUACUUAUUCUUUAAGGUGUGUGAGCAUCUUAAUCUAAUGGAAAAAGACUACUUUGGUCUGAUAUACAAAGACGGCCAUGAACAGAAGUGUUGGUUGGAUCCCACUAAGGAAAUCAAGAGACAGAUACGCAGUAACAACUGGCAGUUUGCAUUCAAUGUCAAGUUCUACCCUCCUGACCCCUCACUGCUCACUGAAGACAUUACCAGGUACCUGUUGUGCCUGCAACUCCGUGAGGAUGUGGCUUCGGGUCGGCUGCCUUGCUCAUUUGUCACUCACGCUCUGCUGGGGUCGUACACGCUGCAGGCAGAAUUUGGCGACUAUGAACCUGACCAGCCUCGACCUCUGGAUUACAUCAGUCAGCGGACCUUUGCGCCCAAUCAGAACAAGGAAAUGGAGGAGAAGAUUCUUGAGCUACACAAGUCUCACAGGGGAAUGACACCAGCACAAGCCGACAUCCAGUUUCUAGAAAAUGCCAAGAAACUGUCCAUGUAUGGAGUGGACCUGCACCAUGCCAAGGAUUCUGAGGGCGUGGACAUCAUGCUUGGUGUGUGUGCCAACGGACUCCUUGUUUAUAAAGACAGACUUCGGAUAAAUCGUUUUGCUUGGCCCAAAAUACUCAAGAUUUCAUACAAGAGGAACAACUUCUACAUUAAGAUUAGGCCAGGAGAGACGGAGCAGUUUGAGAGCACGGUGGGAUUCAAGCUCCAGAAUCAUCGAUCUGCUAAAAGGCUGUGGAAAGUCUGUGUGGAGAAUCACAGCUUCUUCAGGUUAAAUGCACCAGAACCUCCCACCAAGGCCCGCUUCUUGACUCUGGGCUCUAAGUUCCGUUACAGUGGGCGAACUCAGGCCCAGACCCGCUUGGCAAGCUCCCUCAUAGACCGACCUGCACCGAGCUUUGAACGCACCUCAUCCAAACGAAUCAGCCGCAGUCUGGAUGGAGCACCAGUGAUCAGCGUAACUGAGGUCGGCAGGGACACAGCUGAGAACGGACGUGACCUCCACGCUGACUCUAAGAUACUGAAGCUUACGGAGGCGGACUUAAGCCCCAGUGAUGUGGAAACAACGCCCACCCAGUCGCUGGGAGCCAGUGACCCUGCCCCGUCUCAGGACCAUGAUAAGACCCAAGAAGAGGUUCUGAAACACCAAGCUAGCAUUAGCCAGCUCAAACGCUCCUUUAUGGAGGCGCCACCUCCCUCUCCUCCUCAGCCCAACCAAUGGGAGAAACGUCUCACCUCCUCUCCCGCUACGAUACGUAUUCAACAGCAGCAAGUGAGCCUUGAAGAGGAGAUAGCCUCUGUACUUUUCAGUAGAAACUGUGGCACUGGCUUUUGUUUGGCCGCUGCGUCUGCCCGCAGUAUUCCUGAGCCAACACUAGAUGCUGUUAUAACCACAUACUCAUCUGCUUCCACUCCCGUCUGCAGUCCUCCUGCACCGCAUGGGCAUCUUAUUGUCCCAGCUGCUACAUUCUCUGACACUGAGAUGAGUGAGCCCCAAGGGGAAGCAGCUGCUGCUGAUAACACUGUCUCUGAUACCAAAGAAUCUGCAAAGACAACCGAAGUUGAAAUUGAAGAAACGGUUGUCGUCCAAGAGGUUUCCAAAGCACCCAAACCUGGACUUAUCACAGUUACAGUCAGCUCCCCUGCAGAGCUGGAAACAAAUGAGCAGGAAGUGAAAGUAGUGGAGGAAGUACCUGUAUCGCAGGAAGCAAAAACGGCAAAGCAGGAGAGUCUUUCAUCCGAGAGCGAGAGUGAAGAAGAAGCGGAGUACCACCCAAAUGUCUCUGUAUCCAUCUCUCACCCACAAAUACUGGAAGAGAAGGAAGAGGAGGAAGAGCAGGAGAGGAAAGAAGAGGAUAAGACGGCGGAGCAGGACACGUCAGCUCCAGACGCUCCCUCCCUUCCAGCCCAAGUCAGCCAAGCUGCAGAGACAACCAUCCAAGUGGGAGAGGAGUCCAGGAAAGAAGACGCAGUGGAAGAGAAGAAAGCAGAGGAGGAGAAAGAAAGUGCGAGGGAGAUGGAGGAAAGCACAGAUGAUCCCAUGAUGACCCCUGAAGAAAGUCCUAAUGGUCUCACCCUGCCUGAGCAAAGCGUGUCUGAGGUGGCCAUCCCUGCAGAGGAAGAGGAGGAGCCUAAAAUGAACGGGGAGGCUGAAGCAGAACCGCGGCCGCAGGUUAUUUGUUGCUCUGAGCCACCUGUGGUAAAGACAGAAAUGGUGACUAUAUCAGACACGUUUGCAGCCCAGAAAACUGAGAUAGCUACAAAAGAAGUGCCCAUCGUACAUACGGAAACCAAGACCAUCACUUACGAAGCUGCACAGUUGGAUGGUAAUGGUGAUGGCGAGCCUGGAGUGUUGAUGACUGCUCAGACAAUCACCUCUGAAUCUCUGUGUACAACCACAACCACACAUAUUACCAAGACGUUAAAGGGCGGCCUGUCGGAGACGAGGAUUGAGAAACGUAUUGUCAUUACUGGUGACUGUGACAUCGACCACGACGAGGCAUUAGCUCAGGCCAUUAAGGAGGCCAAAGAGCAACAUCCUGACAUGUCUGUUACCAGAGUGGUGGUUCAUAAAGAAACUGAACUGGCUGAGGAGGAGGAUUGACUGAACUCAGAGCUGAAGGGCCCAUCAUGACUGUUUUCUCUGUUGACGUUGACCGACCUCCAUCACCCUACGACAACCAACCUUGACUGACUGAAGAGGAAGAAGAGCUGAAGAAACAGCAGGAGAAGAGGUAGACAAAUGAAGAGAAGUGGCCAGUCUCUUCCCAGUCGACCUCUCUCACGUGUCCGUGGCAUCGAAAUCCCUCACUUCAAAACCAAGAAAAAAGAAAAAUAAUAUCCUCCCUCUUUCUGAGGGAAUAAAAAAGAACCACUUUGUUAGCUUAACAUUUGUAGCUUGUUUUUAUUUUUUAAUAGUGCUCUUUUUUUUUUCUUUAACUGCUUGUUUUACACAAAGAAGGUAGCGUGUCUGUCAUGUAUUGCAAAAAUAAAAACUGUAAGGGUGCACUGAUAACCAAUCCUGAUGAGGUACCAGUGACCUUAAAUAACCCUCAAAUGUCAAAGCAAAUUCUGCUCUUUUCAUACAUUAAAAAGAUGCUGGUGAUCUCAGACAGAGAAAGCUUUUAUCUAUCAUUUUCGAAAAAUAAGAAAAAGAUUAAUUUUACAUCAAGUUUUAUACUUGGAUUCAGUAGUGGAAAAGAGCUAUUAGUGCAUUCCUGAAAGUAAAAAAAGUCAUUUGUUAAUUUACAGCUCCCUCCUUGACUUCAUUAUUGUGUAAAUGGAAAGUAUAAUGACAUAACAUGGCAAUUCAGUAAGAAGCUGGCCUGCAGGAAACAGGGAGACACAACUUUGUCAAUUAUUGUCAAAGUGUAGCAAUCAGGUCUCAUUGAUUAAAGCACAUCCACAGUCAGGUGUAUGGGAGAAUCAGUCAUGUCACAAUUUAUUACUAAUGAUUGCCAAAAACAGGGAGCUGUAACUUAAAAUACUGCAGUCUGUCUUUUUCUCUCUCUCUGUAAGAGUAGUUCAUAUUCAUCCACGAUCCUUGUGUGUUUGACUAGCGGCGGAGUGAGUUCAUGCUCAGUUCAAUUCGCAUUUCACUCUCAGUAGAGAAGACAUUUGCAUUACUAAUGGUGAGGUAAUCUUAAUUUUGUCGGUGGGUUUGACAUUCCUUAAACUUGGCAAGCCAAAUGUUGCAGGUGGAAUUAUUUUUUUUUUUUUGUGAUAUAUUUGUAAGUUUCGCUGUAUUCAAAAUUUUUACUGAACGGAAAUGAAGUUGAACUCAAAGUGAACUGACUUUAAAGCUGGUUUAUAUGACUUUCUGUACAGUAUAAAUGAAGCUUAUUAGAUGGGAGCAGUAAAGCAGCUUUUCAUCAGCUAAACGCUCUCCCUGGGCCCGCCCAACACUAGCCAUUCCUAUUGGGCCACAGGGAAGCAAGGGAGCAGACUUUUUGAUUGGGAGAGAGGACCAGUAAACUGAGAGGUAUUUGGGAGAUAGGGGUGUCACUGUAACAACUUGGCAAUGAAUAAGAAAUGUGUACACUGAUUAAUGUUGGCCUUACUCUACAGCAAGGGCAAGUUCUAGUCAUGGUGAAGCUCAUCUUAGGACAGUGCUAUUCAAAACAACAACUCAUCCACAACCAGAACAGGUACCAAAGUGUGGGCAUACAGUCAGAGCAACUUGAAACCUGAAAAACUGAAUUUCUACCAGUUUGCUAACUCUACAUCAGAGCUUGUUUAUUGUCAUAGUUCAGUGCUUAAUUUCACUCCCAGCUUCAGUUACCAUUACCGUUCUAGAUAAUACCGACACAACCCAAGACCUGGGAUUAAAUUCAGCAAGUCUUCACACAUUUUUAUCUUGCAAGAGUAUCUUGAGCGAGUCUAGAUAGAAGGCUACCACGCUGAUUGGUGUGAGAGUGUGUAGAUAACAGAUUUUUCUGCUCAUGCAGUACGUCUAGGUAAGAUCAUCUCUGACCUGACACUGGCUGUGUUGUAACUGUUUCACCAAAACCAAAAUACUCUUCAGCAUUAAGGUGAUUUUGUUUUAUUUUUUGUUUUCACAUUUGUAUUCUACCACGCAAAAAACCCAUGACACUCUGAAUCCGACAGUACACUACAGACCAACAUGGAAACAGUUACAAUGUAACAGUAAAAUGCAGCUUAAAGGGAGGUGUAUCAGAGGGUUUGAAGUGCUCUUGAAACCCCCAAAUGAUGUGAUGCUUUAUUCAUGUUUCUGUGUUCUUUUACCCAAAUGUUCAGCAUAACUCCAGAGAAAUGUGACACUGUGUAAAUACUGGCAGCGUUAAAUGGGUUAGAACAAGGUGCUUGGUCUAAUACAUUUCAUUUAAUGCAUGACACUGAAAAACAAAAACAUGUUUUUCUGGAAAUUUAACUGAUUGUAAGCAAAGAGGUGCCACAGAUGAUAUAAAAAACAUUCCACCUGUACCUGCCUAGAUUUGUCUGAACGCUCCAGACUGACUGCAAUCACCCUCAUCCGUUUCUUUUUUAUUUUUUUUUUAACAAAGUAAUAUUGUCUCACCUUCGCCACAUUUGAAAUGGUACGUACCUCUUAAUUUAACCCCAGUGUAAGGCUUUGUUUCUGGACUGAGGCACAGCCAGACAACAGAGCGGUAGUGACUGUCUGGGCUUUAUUGGAAAACACUGGUGUGACCUCUGCUAUGCAUUUAAAUGACAUUCCAGAUGAGGGGGAAGCUUUAACCUCUAACCCUCUUUCAAAGAGAUAAAACAGCAGAAAAGCAUUGAAAUAAAACAAACAAACAAACCGUGCAACACACUAGGCAGCUUUGGAAGCUUUCGCUGUUUGAAAAAAAGAAAAAAAAAACUUUUAAAAAGCAACAGUUAUAUCACAACAGCUAUAUUUGUAGAUUUUCUCAUCAAUUGUUGUCUUUUCCCUGUGAUCUAGUUGUUGAAAGGUGGGAUUUAUUGUGUGCGCUCUUGAAUAUUUUUAAUAUUGUGACAGUGUUUUUGACAUUGAAGGAACAUCACUGCAAAUCAAAUUUUCUGCCACCUUUUUUGUGUGUGUGUGUGUAUUUUUAGUCCCAGGUUUAACCUCUUUUCCCCAGGGGAUCUGGGCUCUGUUUUAACCAAUCGCAGGAGCUUUGGGUGCUGUGAGGUCUGGUUUUCCAAAAUGUCUUGUCAAGUUUAAUUGAGUUUACUCAAACUUAAAAUUUAAAAA